ACCAGAACGGUUUUUUAUUAAUAAAGUACUGUACAUCGUGCAUAACCUGUUAACCCAGCAACAACAAUCACAUAAUGAAUCAGAGGUCUCUAAAGUAAAUGCUGGCAUCAUUUUGUGUUCAAUAAGCCAACAAGUAUAAACCAGGCACACUUGGUAGCUAUUAAGCACAUGGUAGUUCUCGUCUGACGGUGUUUACAUGUUUGCUAUAUAAAGUGAGUAAAAAAGAAAGGUAAACACAGUUGAGAGACCAAGAUCCUGUCUUGCUUGACGAGUUAGACUCUUUGCAUGUAAGGAUUCCGAAACAGAAGAAAAUGAGGUGUGUUAGCUCUCACAGGCUAUCUUCCUUAAUGAAGGUUCUGUCAGCUCUGUGGUCGAUGUUUUGUAAGACAACAGUAUGAAAAAGAUUCAUGAUGAUUAAGAGACGAGAUGAAACUCCUUCCAAUAACCUGUCUUUUUCUAUAAUCAAUGCUGCAUUCUCCAUCAUGAAUUGUGCACACGACAUCCUGAAAGAAAGUUAUAUACCUUGGUGCAUCUUCCAACCAAAAAAUAUGAAAGUAAAGCAAGAGCACACCUAGGAUUUAUAUUUUGCAGUCAAAAUAACAUUUAUACCCAGCAAACAGUCUGAGCUCCUGAAAAAGAGAGAAAUUAUGUUAGGAAUGAGGGACAGAAGAUUUGGGUCCCAAAAUAAAUGUGUUUAAGAGUAACAAUGGGAGGUAUGGUUUUAGAAAUGCUGGAACAGCUCCCAUAUUUUAUUUGGAUUCUAUAUUGUCUCUCAUGAGCCCUGCUCUUUUCACUGACUUGUAAAUCAUGGGCUAAAAACAGAGGGCAAAAGUGAGAUGCUCAAACGUAACAUACUAAUACAACAUAACUGAUGGCAGAUUUUUCAUUAUGCAGAGCGCAGCACUGAAAAUAGAACAAUACAAUUUAUUGGAAGAAGUUUCACUUCAUCUCAAGACAGAAUGUGCAUGUGUGAUAAAAAGUGUGUGCAGAGCAAACCCUAAUACAAAAACAAAAUAUUCACAGCACGCAAAGAGUUAAAGAGAAAUAUUUGCACAGAAAAUGAGUGUGAGGCAUUGUCCCUCCUCCCACUAGAGUAGAGUGACAGUGACAUCACAGCCCCUGGUGAAGAGAGGGAGAGGGAGAGAGCGCAUAUCUUGCACUAUUGGCAUGUACAUGGUGUCUUCAUUUCCAGCUGUCCGAGAACUCGUGAGCUACUGCUGAAUGUCUCAGGCAUUCUUGCCCUUUAUCUACUCAUGCAAAGAACCAAAGAAAUGCUGUUUCUAGGACAAUCCAUUUAACUUGUUUUUAACAUUGAAGAAAACAAGAAAUCUUGGAAAAAGGGACUUGCAAACUCACCAAUUUUUAUUUCUUUAUUAUUUUUUUUUUUGUCAGCACAUAAAUUAUUCUGUGUCCAAAGGUAUUUUGCAACCGAACGGUAGAUUUGUGUGCUUCCCAUAGACAGAGCUCCUGGAUGUAUAACUGAUUCUCUGCUGAUCGUUGCAAUAGCAGAAGACAUCUUAUGUGCUGCAUUUUUAGGACAUCAUCGGUCCUAAAUGGGAUUAUUUUUAGCUAGUGCUUACUUGACAAGAACAUUACUCCUACACAGGAUCUCGCUCUGUUCUUAUUGUCUGCCUAAGAUUGGAAACUGAAAAAAGGGUAGCUGUUGAUAAAGGUAAUUCGGAGGAUGAGAAGUUCUGCAAAAUGCAAUAUAUUCCUUCCAGGAGGAAGACAUUACAACUAGUGAGAAUGUCAACCAAAAUCCUAUUAUUUGUCCAUUAGAGAAGGCAAGAAGGCUGUAUUUGAACGCUUUGCGCAUCUGUUAUAUGGUUCUCUAACUUCUGAAGAUGAGAAUGAGCCAUAAAAGGUGGUUUAGAGCGAACUACAAACAAGCACUGUUUGUGUAUGAAAACCUUUCAGGAUUUAAAACUGCUAAGAACUCAAUCCUUACAUGCCUGCGGUGUCUCCUCUUUUGACAAACGUGGGAGUGGAUAUGAGCUUACCUACAAAUUGUGGGUUUCUGACUCUCACAGACCCCGGCGUCCGUAAAAUCUAUAAUGGGAAUGUGUACGGGUCACCUUGUGCGGUCAAUCGCCCCAUUGAUAUCACACAGAGGCGAAGACGUUUUGAUGUUGAGAAUGGCCUAUCAUCUGGCAGAAGCCCUUUGGAGUCCCAGGCCAGUCCUGGGUCAGGGUUGGUCCUGCAAGGCAACUUUCCACACAGCCAGAGACGAGAAUCAUUCCUCUAUCGCUCAGAUAGUGACUAUGACCUUUCGCCCAAAGCGAUGUCACGGAACUCAUCUAUCGCCAGUGACCUGCAUGGAGAAGACAUGAUAGUUACACCUUUCGCACAGGUUCUGGCCAGUUUGAGAACUGUGCGGAGUAACUUUGCAAUCCUCACUCAUCUCCAGGACAGAGUAACUAACAAGAGAUCAUCUGGCAGCAGUCAAACUGCAGCAUGUAAACCAAACCUGUCUGAGGAUGCCGUUCAGAAAUUGGCCAUCGAGACUCUGGAAGAGUUGGAUUGGUGUCUGGACCAGCUGGAGACUCUACAGACCAGGCACUCAGUCAGUGAGAUGGCCUCAAACAAGUUUAAAAGGAUGUUGAAUAGAGAACUGACACACUUGUCUGAAACAAGUCGUUCUGGAAACCAGGUGUCAGAAUACAUAGCCAGUACCUUCUUAGACAAACAGCAUGAAGUGGACAUACCCUCCCAGACCUCAAAAGAGAAGGAAAAGAAGAAGAGGCCAAUGUCCCAGAUCAGUGGUGUCAAGAAGCUGACACACAGUUCAAGCUUUAGCACCUCCAGUAUACCGCGCUUUGGAGUAAAGACCGAGCAGGAGGCACUUCUAGCAAAGGAAAUAGAAGAUGCUAAUAAAUGGGGUUUGGAUAUAUUUAAGAUAGCUGAAUAUUCUGGGAACAGACCGUUGACAGUCAUCAUGUACUCAAUCUUCCAGGAAAGAGACCUCCUGAAAACUUUCCAAAUUCCUGUCGACACGUUCAUUACCUAUAUGAUGACUUUGGAAGACCACUACCAUGCAGAUGUGGCUUACCAUAACAACAUCCAUGCAGCAGAUGUGGCACAGUCAACGCAUGUACUGCUUUCCACCCCAGCUUUAGAGGCUGUGUUCACAGAUCUGGAAAUCAUGGCUGCUAUUUUUGCCAGCGCAAUUCAUGAUGUAGACCACCCAGGAGUGUCUAACCAGUUCCUGAUUAAUACUAAUUCUGAGCUGGCGCUGAUGUACAAUGAUGCCUCAGUCUUAGAAAAUCACCACCUGGCAGUAGGUUUUAAACUACUACAAGAGGAGAACUGUGAUAUAUUCCAGAACCUGACAAAGAAGCAGCGACAGUCAUUACGGAAGAUGGUCAUUGACAUGGUGCUGGCCACAGAUAUGUCUAAACACAUGAAUCUGUUGGCUGACCUGAAGACUAUGGUUGAAACCAAGAAGGUUACCAGUUUGGGUGUCCUGCUGUUGGAUAAUUACUCUGACCGAAUACAGGUCUUACAAAACAUGGUCCACUGUGCAGACCUCAGUAAUCCCACCAAACCUCUGGAGCUUUAUCGUCAGUGGACUGACCGAAUUAUAGUGGAGUUUUUCCAUCAGGGAGAUCGGGAGAGGGAGAAAGGAAUGGAGAUUAGUCCAAUGUGUGACAAGCACAACGCAUCGGUUGAAAAAUCCCAGGUUGGUUUUAUUGACUACAUUGUACACCCGCUGUGGGAGACCUGGGCAGACCUAGUCCACCCUGAUGCUCAAGAAAUUCUGGACACGUUAGAGGACAACCGAGAAUGGUAUCAGAGUAUGAUCCCUCAGAGCCCAUCUCCUCCGCCUGAAGACCAAGAUCUGGAAAGGGGCAGCACAUCAGGUGAUAAAUUCCAAUUUGAACUAACACUAGAGGAGGAAGGGGAGUCGGACACUGAACAGGAAGACACUGAAAGCCCGGUGGAUGAAGAAAGUAGCGACUCCAAAACUCAGACCACGGAUGACUCUGCACAUGGCAGUGAUGAGGCUGAGCAUCCCUCUCCUGUUGACAUGUGCAGGAGUGUUUCUAGCAAAUUGGAUUGCUUAGAAGUUCCCUCAAAGAGCACUCUAAUUAAGCAGAAAAAAGUCUUGAACUUUGAUAACAUGAGACUAAGUGCAGAGAGGACGCUACCACAAAAGGACUCUGGUACAAAACAUGUUCCUUCUGUAAACCUGGUCAAGCAGGAAAACACAGGGCAAGGGGAGAUCUGUCUGGACCAAGAAGGAAACCUCACAUAUCUUCCAUUAGGAACGUAACGCCAAAAUCCCACUCUGCAUUUUACUUUAUUUUAUCCCGUCACGCACACUUUGCAUUUUAUUUUUAGAGGAAGGUUUUUAUUUUUUUUUAUUUUUAGGAGAAUAUACAUUUUUAAAUGCUGACAGGAGCUGAAAAAAGUCACUAAAUCAAUAGAACUGCAUGGGAGAGCAUGGUAAAAAGUUUCAUGUUGUGGGGGCUAAUGAAAUGCCUGUCAACCCUCUUACUGUAACUGAGUCAUGUGACAGACCACGUGAUUAUCAGUGCUGCUAGUGUCUGCUCUGUGAUGUGCACCCUGUUUGGUAAAUGCACUUGUAACUAAAGUAUGCACGAGAGUUGCCUGGGUAUAAGGAGCUUGGAUGUUUAAAGCUGUGUUUCAGUCGCAGUUUAAAAGCCAAACAACUAUGUAGGUUAUA